AUGACCUUAUGGGGGAAGGAGACAAUGAUGUUCAAUGAUAUCCCGGCUCAGAUGCCGCCUUUGACUCCUGGGACCAAUAAGAAGAUGACGGAAGCGUUGAAGGCUUCGUAUGCCAGUUGGGACAAGGAGAGAGAGCGACUCAACGUACUCAGAGAUCCUUGGCAGUGGAACGAAGGGGAUGUGUCUGCAUGGCUGGGAUGGGCAGUGAGGGAAUUCUCCCUCGAGGGCCUCCCCAUGCACUGCUUCCCCGGGAUGACAGGUCGCGACCUGUGCGCCCUUGGCCGUGACGCCUUCCUCGACCGCACGCCACCUUACAUGGGCGACAUCUUGUGGGAACACUUGGACAUCCUCAUGAAAGACAUCGAGAAGGACCGGGAGCGGGCAUCUCUGGCCAACGUCCCGCCAACGGUCUACGAGUCCGUGUGCGCCGGGACGGACCUCCACGCCUUCCUCGAGGGUCAGGCCCAGGGUACGUCGGGUCAGGGCCAAAGUCACGGUCAGGGUGGGAGCGGCGGGAUGAAGGCGCCGACCCCAAGCCCACAUCUCCCAGGGACAGGGACGGCUCCUCGCCGACCACCACAGCAACCACCACCACCCCCGGGGCCGCCGCCUCCUCUAGUCUCCUCUCCCGCGCAGAUCCUCCCCCACUCCGCCCCACAUUACACUGGGACCACCAUGUCUCUCAAGAUGGAGAACUCCCCUGGGAAUGGAGACUCAGGAGCCUUCCAUGAAAAUGGCUACGGUGGGAAUGAGUGCAUGUCAGGAAUGGGCGAGUUGAGUGCGGGGGGCGGCGGGGGGCCUCCUCCAGGUGGGACGCCCCACUCUCACCCGCACCCGCACCCCCACACGAAUGGACACACGACGACCUCGGCCAUGGACGUUACCACGGGUUACAACAAUGUGCCUCAUCCCUACGAGCCUUCAGACUCGACCGGUGACUUCCCCCAUCCUUACCUGGAUGGGAAUCCCGAACCCUUCUACCAACAUCACCCGUCUCACUUCAAGAGUCAUCUUCACUCUUACCUCAGCAGAGGAUGCGUGGGGAUCCCCGACGGUUAUUCCGAGCAUCCUCACCUGGGGAAUGGAGGCGGUGGGGGUGGAGGAGGGGGAAUGAAUCCCCUGGACUCCCCUUAUCAGACGGUACCGCAGGGAGAGAGCCCCUGGGGCGCCCACCCCAAUAACCCCCACCCCCACCCAGCGUUCAUGCACGGGAGGGAAGUCCCCCACCCUUCCCCAGCCCACACUCCCAAUGCGCUAUCGGGAGACCUCAAACCCGCUCUUCAGCCUGUUCUCGCCAACUACAAUGGAUCAGGUCUGGGGCCGUGCUUCACGGGGUCAGGUCCAAUCCAGCUGUGGCAAUUCCUCCUCGAGCUCCUCACGGACAAGUCCUGUCAGGGGUUCAUCAGCUGGACGGGGGACGGGUGGGAGUUCAAGCUCACCGACCCGGACGAGGUGGCCCGCCGGUGGGGCAUCCGGAAGAAUAAGCCCAAGAUGAACUACGAGAAGCUGAGUCGCGGGUUGCGCUAUUACUACGACAAGAACAUCAUCCACAAGACGGCUGGGAAGCGAUACGUCUACCGAUUCGUUUGUGAUCUUCAGAGCCUCCUCGGGUAUACACCGGAGGAGAUCCACGCCAUGGUGGACUUGAAGCCGGACAAGAAAGAGGAUGACUGAAAUGUGGGGGUUGUGGUGUCUUGCUUCCCCCUGUCCUCUACCAUGGAUCAAGUCCUUGGUGGUUCCCUUUUUUUAGUCAUGAUGGACCAAAAAGAAAAAAAAGAAAGAAAAAAAAACUCGAUGAGGAUCACGGGCGUGGUCCUGGUUCUCACGUCCCAGCCUUCGUGAAGAGGCUGGUUUCAAUGUGAUGGUGUUCAUAUGGAUAUAUUCUGAUCACAAAGAAAACGCCUGGACAUACCAAAGCAUGUCGUGUAACAUAGGCAAAAAUGUUUUCUCUAUUCUCUGUUUCAUCUCUCUGGUUUCUCAUCGUAUCUCCGUUGUCCUUCACUCCCAUGUGCCUUUUAGACCUACAAGUGCCUUAACGAUCAGGAGAAAUUUCCACUCCGCCAGUGCCUUCCAUUUUCGCCAUGCUGUUUCACUUCCAGGAGGCAUUUAUUGAGCGUACCUGUCACGUAGGCGUCGUCACUGUAUAAACAUGAAUUCACACCAAAGAUCUCUCUUAUCCUGUCUUUUUUUUUAUUUUAUAGAGCGUUGGUUGGUCUUUUUUUUUCUUGCGAGAGUUGACGUAACUCUAUUGACUUGAAUCGUCUCUUCCCAGAAAGAGAAUCUAUUAUGUGUUACACAAUGAAUCUAUAUUUUGUUGGUUGAUCUCGUCGGCAGUUCUCUUGCGCCUUUGGUUGAGUGCCUUCCGGGCCCCAAAACUGUGACGAUGUCCGUGAGACAGAGAAACCACGCUAAAAAAGGAGAAAAAGAGUCAUUGUUUAUUACCCGCAUUUCUACUUGAACGAGAAAGAGAGAGGAACGUGAAGCUUUUCUUGGUGGAUUGUGUGUGUAUGGGUGCAUGGAUGUAAAUUUGAUCUGAUUGAAGUUCAUCAUAGUCAGUGGAAAGAC